UGGGCGGCCGAGCCCCGGCUGCACGCCGCCUCCGGGGCGGCCGCCGCCCGACUGCUCAAGCCCGAGCUGCAGGUGUGCGUGUUCUGCCGGAACAACAAGGAGGCGGUGGCGCUCUACACCACCCACAUCCUGAAGGGACCCGACGGGCGAGUGCUGUGCCCGGUGCUGCGCCGCUACACGUGUCCCCUGUGCGGUGCCAGCGGCGACAACGCGCACACCAUCAAGUACUGCCCGCUCUCCAAAGUGCCGCCGCCGCCCGCCGCCCGCCCGCCGCCGCGCAGCGCCAGGGACUGCCAGCCGGGGAAGAAGCUACGCUGAGCGCCUGGGCUCCCGUCUGCCCCCACCUGACGCCACCAGGGUCAACCGCCUGCCCGCUCUCUCAUUUUUGGUCUGCGCACCGUCUUUCCCUCGCUGUGGGAGAGGCUUGGAGAUCAGCAGUUGGCUCAGCUUGGGAAGAAGUCUUGGUUUUGUCAAAGCAAGCCGGCCGUACGGAGUACUUUCCUGUCGAAGAGCGGUUGAGACUAGACGCUAACAUCUUGAUUUGUUUAUGUCUAUAGUUUCCAGUUUGUGCACAUCCAGACGGUGAAGGCUGGGUGUGUAUUCCACUACCUGAAAUAUGGCAACUUAGUGGCGCUGUUUAUUUACGGUAUACGUCGAUCUAUUUUAGAUGCGCAUCAGUAUGAAGUGUCUCCAUCUAAUCUCGGAUGUUUAAUUUUAUGGAGGCACUUUACUAGGUCUAGAAUAUUUUUUUAAAAGCCUCAUAACUGGACUUGAAACUGACGAUUUUAUGGAAUGUCGGCAAAUUGACUAUUUUAUUGUUUGAAACAAUUUCUUAGUUGUCCUUAAAUCAGUUAUUCUAAUUCCAGGUGAAGCAAGCCCUGGCAGCAUCACUGUUUUGAGAAGUGAAGGUUUAGUAAACUUUCCAGUAUUGAUUUGUGUGGGUUACUCCCUCCUUGUGGCUUGUUUCGGUCUUGGCUGGAGGUGUAAAAAAUGUACAAUCUGUAGCAGGUAGAGUACAGCUCCUUAUCGUUUUAUGUACCAGAUCUUUUUAUUACCGAACUAGGAACUAGUCUUUCCACCUUGAAAAAUUGUGCCAAGUUAAAAUCUUAUUGUGUAUACACUUGGAAAUUGGUGCUGUUUAAAAAACCUGACUUGUGUAUUUAUACAGUAACAGUAUAUGAAUUCAUUAAUCUUGCCUA